AAACACAUGAAUGGAGAUGGAAACGAAGCAGAGGACCCGGGGUGUCGUCGUCGUUGUGGUCGUGGCUGAGCACGCCCCGCCGUGAUGGAACGCUCCCCCUUCGUGCCUCCAACCAACACCACACCCGCAUCCUGGAGGAGAGGGAUCAUGGAUGAGAGCAACAACGCUCCACAGCUUUUACCCCGGCAGCAUUGAUCGCUGAUGCUGCACGUUGACCGACGGAUCCCACACGCGCAUCAGUAUCGCCAUUGCGCAGUGUCGCUCAGAUGAUGGCGCCGCGCUCGCAGACUCCUUCCUUGCCUCCUCCCUUAGUCAUCUGCCGCCGGAUUCUAAGAAUAAUUAGGAGUGAAAGAUGCGCCCCGGGACGAUUUCCCCAGGGAGGAGCGCAGGUUACAUUGUUUGGAGCCCUGCACCAGGUUGAAGUUUCCAGAUGUCAUGUCGUAAGGAGCAUGCUUAGGAUUCCUUAAUUUCUGCAUUAGGGAUGAGAUAUCGGCAAGAGCAUCAAGUUAGAGAGCAGGCGUCAACUGGCUCAACACCACCCAGGAGUUCUCUAUCUUCAAAGGUCUAGCAGAGUAGAUUGAUUCCAAUCAGGGUACUCACCAUAAGGUUUAGUCACGAUUAUGGAGGUUCUCGCAGAUGUACGCAUGCGCUCGAGGAUGCGGACGAAUUCAAUCAUAUCCCAGAAAAUCAGAGACUUGUUGAACUUGGGCAGCUAGACGAGGAGAAGAAUUUGCAUGCGGAAGAUAUUGGAGCCCCCUACGCAGCCGCUACAUAAUAUGUUGUACACGGCUGCAUCAGUUUUCUCCUGAGUUCGAGGGAAUAACUAACCUGUGAAGGAGAUGAAGGUGAUGAUUUUUGUAGCUUAUGAGAACCAGCAUCGAUUUAGAUUAGGAAGCUUUAAGACCAAUCUUUCAUUUGCAGUUGAAGUAGGGCCCUGCAUAUUGGAAUCUCAGUCUGCUCCUUGUCUCGCCGAAGUAUUGGAUAACAAUGUGGCAGGUGGUGUUACUAUCAGAGAUUCUCUAUCGACUCGGCUGUAGUUGCUGACAUGUCGUGUACUUGCGAGGAUCCUUGAAAACUUGUUGUCAAAGUAAACUCACAUACGACUGCAACGCGCUGAGAAUAUCUGUCUCCAUGAAGGAGAUGUGAUGCUAAGCACAGUGACCUGCAUUCACCCGCCGAAUUUGUUGACAAUCCUUUGAACGCUGAGCCGCUGAACGCGAACAGCGUUUUUGAGCCGAACUUAGAGUUUCCAUACAACGAUAAUGUCUUCAAUCUGUGCAAAGGCAAGACAUUGCUGGAAGGAAAAUAACUCACAUCUGAAGAGAAAGACAAAGAUCAUUCAAUAGGGUUUGAUUGUCUUGACUAGCUGGAGUUCUGCCAUGGUGCACCCUGGGACGUUGAGUUGGUGGUGAGAGUUGACUUCGAAUUCCAAGUCCGCAAAUGGUUUGGGAAACUUGGUGACGUUUGCAGGAGGAGUACUUGAGGUUAGGAUACUUCUAGAAGCGAUCAUCUUGGAUGCAAGGGUGAAGGAAACAUGAGUGACCGAAGGAAAGUAAAUUUAUCUUUCAACCACACUAGUAAGCGGUCUGGUUCCACAAGGACCAGUUUCGCGGAUGCCCGGGACUUCGUAUGGGAUUCUUCCUCUGUGAAGAAGAAAAAGGAUGGAAUGGGAGCAGCAGCGGACUUGGCUCCCUCUGACAUACAGCCUGAUGCCUUCUCAUGGGGUUUGGUUGGUCACAGUGACCCUUUCCUGGGCUACGAUGCUGCUGGUAUUUGGGGGACGAUCGCGAAGGGAGAGGAUCAAUCGAUCGCAGGUUACAGGAGGCAAUCUGCAGUCAAGAACAGCAAAGGCGCAGCCUUGGCUCGAAAAGUGCGGGGCCUAAGUGCUUCUCCAAAGGCUGUGUCGUCCUUGGAGAGUUGUCUCAGGGCUCAGAUGGCAGACUUAUUUGUUCCAAACCGAGUCAAGGUCAUAAGUCGGCCGCCUAAUUUCCCAUCUCCUGCAGUUGCGAAAGCCAAGUCUGAGACAUUGAAGCCUGUCGAUAUUCCAGCUUCACCUUCUCGUGAUAUCAAUGUGAUUGACGAAAACAGCUCCAGUUCCAGGCGGUCUGGACUGUUAAAACUGCCAAAUCUCUCAAAGUUCCUGAAAGAAUAUGCUUCAAAGCUAGCAUUAACUAGCAAGGACGAGAGCAUCACCAACAAUGUCACAGGCAACAAAGGUGUUUCAGAAAAUGAUAUGGCUUCAAACUCUUCCAACGGCAGCAGUUGUAAGGAGCCGAUUGUACUAGUCCAUUUAAAGAACCAAAAUGUAGCUGAUUGUAGAGGAUUUGUUUCAAAUUUUUCUGAGCUGGGAUUGUAUAGAUUUAGUUCAGAAGGUUCAGCGGUGGUUUCUUUCGACACACUGGUUUUCAUAUUUGGAGUGGCUCUUGGGGUUUUGAUUGUUUCCGGCUCACAUAGAACUGAAGUGAAUAUGUUAAGAAAGCUUCUGGAAGAGGCGCAAGCGAGCGUGGAGGGAUUGAAGUUGGAACUCGCAAAAAGGGAAGGUGCUGUUCGUAAUGACAGAUUUGACUCAGCUUCGGUAAGUGACAUCGAGCAAGAAGAUCAAAUGGCUGAUCUCGAAGCGGAGUUGGAAGCUGAACUUGAUCAACUUACUGGUCGCGACUCCGCAACGAUGGACAGUCAAUAUUCUGCCUUCGACGAGCUAGACACGGAUGGUGUUGUAUCUGUGGUUCAUGGAGAUCUAGCACCAACAGGUUUACCUGCUAGAGUAGAAGAAUCUUCUGAUGAAGAUCUGUCACCUCCUGCACAACCUGCAUGCUUAAAUAAUUAUGCCGUUUCACCCCGAGAGCUCACGCGCUUAUUGCACAAAUUGCAGAAAGCUCGCCAAGACGAUUUAAUCUCGGAAUUAGAGGAGGAUCUCGAGGCAGCGCUGUCAAAAUUACAAAGUAGGGAUAAGGAGCUUGAGGUGUUGAAGGAAAGGUUGAGACGCCUAACUGAGGUUUCAUGUACCUCUGCUUCUGGUGACGAAUGUUUGACUCCUUGUACCCCCCAAAAGGGUGAAACUUCAGCGGACCGAAGCUCAACCACCAGAGAAGAGGUUAAGGGGGUCUCAGCUGUUCCGGGAGAGGGUUCCUCAUCAGGUGGUGUAGAUUCCUCUCACCUUCCUGUGCAGGAAGGUGAUCUACCAGCUAUUGUGCUUCUUUCAGAGGAAAUCCCAACAGGGUUUCAUUCACAUCCAAGCCUAGGAUCUGGAAGGCAAGGAGUGUUGAAAUCCAGCUUGCACAUGGAAACGACGAAGCAGGAAUCUGAUGUUACAGGAAGAGAGAGUUCCAAGGGCUGGGGAAUAUCAGGAGAAUCCAAUGAACAAGAUAAUAAUGCAUUCGAUGUGUUAUUACAACCAGUGAUUGAAUUUGAGGACGAAGGACGAUCUCAAGCCGAAGUGGCUGCAAGGGACUGUAAACUGAUACUGGACAAUGCUCAGAUUAUUACGCAGCUGAUUGAUUCUGUUCAUGGUUUGGAGUCUUACGGCGAUCAGGCAGAGAGUGUAGAGUUGGGCAGUGCCACUCCAAGUUUUGGUCUCCUUUCAAGCUCAGUAUCGAUUUCGGAUGCGGUAGAUCAUCCUGUAGAAUCAGCCACUCCUGAACCAUUCAAAGGUAGAGGCAUUGGAGGUGCCUUGUUUUCCCAAGCAAAACUCGGUGUACCGCAUCCAAGCAGACGGACCUCAUGUAACUCUGACGUAAACAAUCCAGUACUGAACAGAAAGUUAGAUAGUGAAAAACCUCCCUUCCCAAAUCCAGAUAACUGUACAGCUAAUGUAAGAUACACUGAAGCAAUGGAGUCGUCGAAAUCGGUAUCUGACAUCUCAGAGGCAGAGACUUUAGACCACAAGACUCCUUAUUCCGUUAAGUACAUAGAUUUGACAACGAGGCCUGCUUCUGAGCCUGUCGUCCCCGCCGAUGAUAAUCCUCCAUUCUGGGUUGGGGUUGGGGUUGGCCGGGCAGGACUGACUACCCCUGUUGAAAAGGUGAGACAAAAGCUUUUCAUGUCCCACCAAAGUGCACCUGUGCAGUGGCCCGGAGAACUGAGUCCCACAGUUCUAGAGAAAAUUGCUCGAUGGGAAGGAUUAAUGGAGGGGGAGACUCCUGGUCCUGCGGCCGGGUCUGAUUGGGAGUGUCAAUCUCGAGUAUCCGAGUGCGACGACUUCAAUGUUUUCAGCGAAGAAAAUCUUGUAUUGGAAGCCGAAGAGAUGCUUGGAAGGAUGCUGAUCAAGCGGUUUGUAGAGAAAGCGAAGUGUGGCUCUGAUGUGCUAGUCAAAAAGGCACAAUCUGCACUUGCUACUUUAGAGAGACGUGAUAGUAUGGAGGGAGAUAGCUGUAAUGGGGAAGAUGCGUGUAUGAAUGAAAAGACAGGAUCUGAGGCGAGUUUCUCAGAAAGAGGCCGGAGUGAUGUGCAAGAGAAACAGCCGACGAGCUUUUUAGGUGAUACUGUACGGGAGGAAUAUGAAUUCUUUCGUAGGCUUGAAAUUUUGAGCAAGGAUAGAAAAUCAACGAAGAUUGUGAAGGAGGCAGCUUCCAUUGAGACAGCGGUCGCUGUAGGAAUGCAUUCUGAUGUCGAUCCCAGGUCCAACUCUGGAAUGAGUGCACAGGUUUCCACAGGGGGUCAACAUUCUCGAAUCGUAGAUGUCUCGACCGAACAAAAACCAGAUAGUUUAGUGAAGGAAAAGCAUGAGAAGCAGAUGUUUGCUCGGAAUGGUGAUAGAGGAAGCGCUAGCUGGCUCUCUCGUGAUGCUGGACAAGUCGCACGUAGACGUGGUGGCCAAAGAGAAGAUGAAGUACGAAGUCGAAGGCGGUUGUGAUUUGAGGGGGCGAAAGUUCGUCAUGUUCAUUCUGGGAAGAAUCAAAACCCCCACAUCUGCAUAAUGCUAAUGCGUAUUGGGAAUUUAGGGGUCGUAAUGUUAACAACCAGAUCCUGCGGAAGCCUAAGUAGUAGAUGGUGCAGUCACUAGGCGUUAGAACUGGAAGUAACCAAAGAGUGUUGCAAAUUUUUUGAAGCAUUAUUUCCUACACGUAAAUCUGCUUGUACCUUAUCAUAGCAAUGAUACUUGCAGAUGAAAAUAUGCCAGUGGGAUGCAGCUCACUUUGUCGUUCAGCAGAUUCAGCGUCAACCUCUUAUCACAGAGGACUUGAUUCUUUUUGAAAAGACCUAUUAGCAAAUCCGUUCCUAACU